CGGUCAGGUGAGCUCACGCACAUUAAACCAGAAAAAUAGGGGACAUCAUGCGCAUUACGGGGGCAACCACUGAGUUUUCCGGCCAUGCGACUUAUGAAAUGGAACAACUGCAGCCAGGAGACGCGUGUCAAGAGUGCCAAACUCUAGGCAGGAAUCACAAGCUACGCUUCUUUUACAUAAAUCUCGAGGAGCAGCUCUUAAAAUGUGAGUCCAAGAGCUGUCUUUGGCCACACAACGAUGAAGUCUCAUCAGAUGAGGAGUUUAACAUGGAUGCGGCAGAACCCUUCACUGCUUCUCCGCUCGAAUCUUCCGCUUCUCAGCAACCACUGCCACCGCCUGAUACUCUAUCGCUUGAUCCUCAAGAAGAUGAAGAGGAUGCAUUUAUACUGCAAUUACUAAAGCAACUGACACCUGCCUCAGAAACGGACUCAGUUGAACCUACUCCUGAAACGAAAAUGAAUCUCAGCUCCAUGCCGGAUCUUCUUUCCCUACAGCCUUUAAAAGUAAAGCCGUCUUCUCCAAUGGAACUACCGGAUUUAAGCUUUUUAGAGGAAAACAGUACCAAUGAUAAAGCUCAUUCAAAAGCCAUGAUAGCCAAACAGGAAAUACCACUCCUUCCCGCAAACCUAACGCCUGUUCCGAAGCUUCAGAUUCCACAAACUGAUAACGUUAAAGUUAAGCAGGGAUUAAUGGCACACAAGAUUUCCACGAGGCGUAGCUGGGAAGGUAAACAGGAAAUACGGCUUAUGCCCGCUAGUGUAACUUCCCCUGCGAGAAUUAAACCCAAGGAAAUUCCUUCCCGUAGUCCGCCCAAGAAAUCGCUUAGUCAACCACAAUCACCACCAGCAGUCAAUAUAACUAUCAGUAUUCCCGAGCUUAGUCCGGCUGUGCCGUUCCUAGAUGCCAUUAAACGCCAUUCAACAGAACCUAAACCAUCGGGUCGUUACCGAGGAAGACGUCCAAGGCGCCUAGCCCCAGAAACCACAGGCAGAGGCAUUCGAACCCAGGCUGUAAUGCACUUGAUCGAUCAUUUGGAAACCAACACGGAUGUGAAACGUUCUUCACCUCGGUCAUAAUCAGCUGGCAGUUUACCUUACUCAAGUAUUUGAAAUAAAAUUGCAUAUGAAAUUAUGCAUGCAAACACU